GUCAGGGCCGGCGCUCGGUGGACCAAGGGCGGAGGCAGGCAGCAGGAGGGAGGAGUCAAUCUGCCGCCGGCCGCACGAUACACGGGCUCACUCGCACACCGGGACAUCAUGACGGAGAACGGCAGCGGGGGCGGCUUGGACUCGGAGCCGAAUGGCGGGCUGUGCUGCGGCUCGGAGCCGGGCGACGUGCUCCGGCGGAUGCCGAGGAAGGCCGAGCCGCCCAACAAAGUGACGGUGGUGCUGGGCGCGCAAUGGGGGGACGAAGGCAAGGGCAAGGUGGUGGAUCUGCUGGCGCAGGAUGCCGACAUAGUGUGCAGGUGCCAGGGAGGAAACAAUGCUGGCCACACGGUGGUAGUGGAUUCUGUUGAAUAUGACUUCCAUCUUUUACCUAGUGGAAUCAUCAAUCCCAAUGUCAUUGCUUUCAUUGGUAAUGGUGUAGUUGUUCAUCUGCCAGGUCUCUUUGAAGAAGCUGCAAAAAAUUUAAAGAAAGGAAAAGGUCUUGAAGGUUGGGAGGAUAGAUUAAUCAUUUCAGACAGAGCACAUAUUGUAUUUGAUUUCCACCAAGCUGCUGAUGAUGUUCAAGAACAACAAAGGCAACAGCAAGCUGGAAAAAAUUUGGGCACCACAAAGAAGGGAAUUGGACCGGUGUAUUCUUCAAAAGCAGCUCGGAGUGGGCUCAGGAUAUGUGAUCUCCUGACUGACUUUGAUGAUUUUUCUGAAAGGUUUAAAGUAUUGGCUAAUCAGCACAUGUCAAUGUACCCUACUCUGGAUGUUGACAUAGAUGGGGAACUGGAGAGACUCAAGGGCUACGUGGAGAGAAUCAAACCGAUGGUACGGGAUGGUGUCUAUUUCAUGUAUAAAGCCUUACAUGGUCCUGAAAAGAAGAUUUUGGUCGAAGGAGCAAAUGCAGCCCUUCUGGAUAUCGAUUUUGGUACUUACCCUUUUGUGACUUCAUCGAACUGCACAGUGGGUGGUGUGUGUACAGGACUAGGAAUCCCUCCUCAGAAUGUUGGAGAAGUGUAUGGAGUGGUGAAAGCUUACACCACAAGGGUUGGAAUUGGUGCUUUCCCCACAGAACAAAACAAUGAUAUUGGUGAAUUGCUGCAGACACGUGGUUCGGAAGUGGGUGUCACCACAGGUAGAAAGAGGAGGUGUGGCUGGUUGGAUCUUGUUUUGCUGAAAUAUGCUCACAUGAUAAAUGGAUUUACUGCUUUAGCACUUACCAAACUGGACAUCCUUGAUGUACUCACAGAGAUUAAAGUUGCUGUGGCUUAUAAAGUCGAUGAGAAAGUAAUACCACACUUUCCAGCUAACCAAGAGGUCUUGAACAAGGUGAAAGUUCAGUAUGUAUCCCUGCCUGGUUGGAACACCAGCAUAGCCAAAUCCAGAACAUUUGAAGAUUUGCCUGCAAAUGCCAAGAGCUAUGUCCGAUUUAUUGAAGGACACCUAGGGGUGCCUGUUAAAUGGAUCGGGAUCGGCAAAUCAAGAGAGUUGAUGAUCCAGCUGUUUUAGGUUUGCUGGUGCCAAGAAGAGCCUGUUAUCACCAGAAUGGACUUCGGCAAGUUGAAAUCUGGACAUUUCGGUCUUCAAAUACCAGUAUUGUUUGUAUCUGGCAGAAAUGUAGGAAAUUACUGUUUUUGUAAGGGCGGAGGAAAUGAGGGGAAGAAAGGAUGUUCUUUUUAAAAGCAACGUGAAAAUGGCAUUCAAAAAAAUUAAAUUUCAUUUUAUUCAGGGAUAGGUUAAAUGCUGCUGUCACAAAGUGUUCAGAAUCCAUUGCGUUGUCAUUGAGAUUUGGUAUAACUGGCACUUGUUUAAUUAUUAAAUCAAUGUUGGUGGGGGUUUUUUUCAAGAGUUGCUCUGAAUUGGGCAAUAUUUUUAAUUAAGUUGGUAACUUUGAAAAUAAAACAAAAUUAAAAAUUAUCCCCUGUA